GAAAGUUCUGUAAACAGGGCAGUGGAGACCUGAUCGCAGCCCCGCUCAGGAGGCUGAUGCAACUCUGUAACGGGAUGAGAAUAUCAACGCACACGUGUCUUUACACACAAGAUUAGUUCCUAGAAACGAUUUUGUUCGACGUGUCGAGAGCGUGUUGGUUGCUUUUGAGAAAUCUACGUGUCCCUUUUGCGAUAUGUUCGUCAUAAAAACUGGGAGAAUAUGUGACAAAAAUAUCCGUCUGUUUAUUCUUGAACAACACAGAGAUACACAAAAAUUAUCUGAGCCAUAUCCGCCCGGUCAUAUCACACAUUAUCAUUAAACAAGUGCGUUUGAGUGAAAUUUCCAGGUUGCACCAAUUUUGCUCUGCAGUUAAAACCAGCCGUUUUCUCGGAUGUGCAUGAAACCGUUCAAGUGAGUUAGUCCAACUUUAGUUUAUAGAGAGCAAGCUGUGAGUCGCCAGUACUUCCACGUUUCUCAGCAAAAAGUCCACAUACUUGUUAUGGCGUCUCUUCCGAAGAUUUGCGCAAUGGCGCUCGUGCUUGCUGCUGGUGUGGGCAGUGAAGGCAGGAUUCCGCCUCAUCAGUCUUGUUGCAAUCAACAUGCCAGCAACCAACCGAUCUAUGGCACCCACACUCCAUCGUCCAGGCUGCUUAUGAAUUCAUUUUUCCGGGACCCAUGGUUCGAUCACGAUGACCUUUGGCAUGACCCCUUCAGCUGGAGUCACCACUUCCCCUGGGGUUUCUCUCAUCGGCCAUGGGGAAUGGGGCUGUCUGUUCUCCACCCACCCCGUUCCGCUGAAAGGACAUCAAAGAUUGGCUGCCAGUGGUGUCAGGAUGAUUCUACUCAAAUGAAAAGCUUGGGCAUACAGGAGGCACACCGGCAAAGAAAUGAUCUGGGUUGCCAAAGUCAAGAAGAGGGUGAUGACAAUAAUGGGAGGUCUCAGACGACAGGGGACAAAUACAAGAUGGAGAGAGAAGAGCAGCAGCAGCUGAUGGAAGAGCAGAGACUCCAGCAGGAGAUGAGGAAGCAAAGGCUAGAGGAGGAUGCUGAGCUCCAAAGGCAUCAAGAUGAAAGGAGAUGGCAAGAGGAGAGGAUGAGACAGAGGCAGCAAAGACGACAGGAAGAAGAGGCUGAGAGGCGGAGACAACAGUGGGAGGAGGAGCAGAGAGUGAAGAAGUGGAGAGCGGCAGAGAAGAGGCGCAUUCAGCAGGAACAAGAAAUGAGACGAAAAAGGAUGCAAGAGCAAGAGGCUAUACAGGAGACGAAACAACAGAUGGAAUGGAAUCAUCAAAAGCAGGGAAUGAAUGACAACAUGAGGCAUCACCAAGGGAGCUCCCGUCAAGCUCUGCAUUCACAAUUCCGGAAAACCCAGGUGGCUACUCUGUAUAUCCCCGGCUAUACUCCAGAGGAUGUGUCUGUCACCACCUCGGGCAACAGGCUGGUUGUGCAAGGAAAGCAUGUCUGUGAUUGUCAGGAGGAGUGUACAGCAAAGGAGUUCAAACGAGGUUUUGAGAUCCCUAAGAACGUGGACCCGGCCAGCCUGGACGCCAGACUCGUGCAAGGUGGGCAGUUAACGAUCAGCGGGAAUCAGUACAAUGCUCGUAUCCAACCGACGGGCGAUUGGGUGGUUUCCGUCGAGGGCGACGGCUCUUUCUCUCCGCGACCCAGGAAUGUUGACCCGACGUGCGGAGGGAGAAGGACUGGUUUCAAGUUGAAAAAGUUGAAUAAGAGGACCGGGCAAAUUGUGGAAGAUGAGGAGCUUGUGGAGGAAGUGGCCCAAAGGACUUUUGAAGGUGAAGUCGAUGAGGAUGGGGUUACCAUGGAAGUAGAAUAUUGAUAAGUAAAAAAAAGGUUAGCUAAAAAGGUAAAUUAAUUUGCAUUAAUUCUGUUGUGUGCUCAAUGCUACCACAUAAAAUCAAUGCUCAAAUCAAGAGAGCCAAUUUCCUCACUGAUUUAAAUGUACAAAUUGUCUUGUCUACUAGGAACCAGAAUACAAGAUGAAUGUUUUAUUACAAUGUUCGGUCCAUUGUAAAAGCCAAAGAUUGAAAACUAGUGAUCCUCUUCAACAGAAACUUGUUGGUUGGGAAAUUUUAAUUCAAAGGGUAAACACAGUAUGCAUAUUGGAUUUUGUUCACUGUCACAUUACGGAUGAAAUACAUGGCUGCUACACCUGGGACUCCAAAUUUAUUCCAUGCUUUAACAUGCAUGUGAAACUAUCAACAAUACUUUCCCCACGUUUCAAAGUUUACAAGCCAUGCAUCUUAAUGCAUAAAACUAAGUUGAAGGGCACCAGAUGUGUUAACUGCGGCAUAGUGAAUUUGUCAGCUGUGGAUGAUGUUAUUGGAAGUGGUUUCCCGUUGAUUGCUCGUACAUAUACAUAAAGGUACACUGGUUUGUUAUUAAACAACUUCUAGUUUAUACAUUUAUUUAUUUAGUCUUUUGUAGAACAAUUUUUUGUAAAGUUGAUGUACAUGUACUUUUACGUAAAAUUAUUCUGACAAUGAAGGUUGGUGUUUCAACAAUUUUUUUCGUAGUUUUAGUAGUAACUUGACAAGAGAAUUGUGACUUCAUUUGAUAAAGCCAAGUCAAGAAUAGCUUUAUUAGCAGUCUGUCAAAUGAAAAAUCAAACCACAGACUGUAGAAUUGACAUUCCAUCAUUAUCAUGUAUAUCCAACAACGAAUGCAAUUGGAAAUACUGCAACAUAAUAGACUCAGGUUAAGGACCACAUGGAAAUUUUAUUAUGUUUCACUUUUUAUACAUCCAAAAUUCCAUUUGUGUUUUGUAGGAUGAAAAGAGUAAGUUUUGUCUCUUUUCACUUUCUUAAAGAAAUGUUGAAACUGAAGGUAUUUAAUAAAUUGUAUUCAGGUUAAAACUUCGCUAUCAAAGUCACAUACACAUUUUUCCCCAAAAGGAUAUCGAUAAAGUAAGAAAGUACACAGAAGA